ACACCUUAGAUGCCUCAGAAUUCUACUCUUCAAUGCAAUUUGGCCUAGGAAUUUUCAUUUUAUGCGUUACCAAGUUCAAGAAAAGUUGCAAGAAAAAGGAAACAUCCCCAUAAAAUAAGAGCACUUAACACUACCAAAAGAAAAAAAAAGAAGGCAAUCCUUUAGACCUCUCACUAAUUUAUAUGGCACUACUCUUCCACAUUUCACUUCCUCCUCCCUUGUCUUUCUACAUUUUCAUAGUCAAACAUGAAUUUCCAAAAAUCCUCAACCCUCCUCUCUUGCAUUUUCUUCAUUUUUCUUCCUUCAGUAAUCACAUCUCAAACUUGUGAAAAAUCAUGUGGCAAUAUACCAAUCAAAUACCCUUUUGGGACUGGCCCUGGCUGUGGCGAUCCACGAUUUCAGCCUUAUGUUAUUUGCAACAACCAACAACUGUCCUUCAAGACUCAUACCGGUUGCUAUCCGGUUACAUCCAUCGACUACAAUUACCAAAUCAUGUACAUUAGUGACCCUUCUAUGUCAACAUGUGCUUGUACACAACCAAGUAAAGGCUUUAGUCUAGACGCGAACGCACCUUUUAGCUUUCAUGAUGACACAGUUUUUGCAUUACUUGAUUGUGAAACAGAUUCAUCACCAAUUUACAAGUCAAACGGAGGGGUCAAUUCGACUUUCCCUAUGUGUGAUAGCCAGGGUGCACCUGUCUGUAGUCUUUUGUAUUCAUGUCAAGCUAUAAGUAGACUUAAUCUCCCAAUUUCGACUUGUUGUGUCUACACACCUGUUGAUCUUGGACCGGCAUUUGAGAUGGAUUUGGAGAAGUUGCAUUGCUCGUCUUACUCGGCUUUAUAUGGUUUUAGUGGCCAAGAAUUGAAUCCACAGGCCUGGAAAUACGGUGUGGCGUUGAAAUACAAGUUCAAUUUUAACAACGAUUAUCCUGAUAUGUGUGCUAAUUGUGAGAAGAGUAAUGGUGUUUGUGGAUAUGGAGGACCUUAUAGUUCAUUUGUUUGCAAUUGUCCUAGUGGAUUCAACACAACAAACGAUUGUUUCCUAGGAUCAUCUUGGAGUAACAGUUUCAAAAAUGUUCCAUGGCACACUGGGCUUUUGUUGAGUAACGCGCUGGGAUGGUUCAUCGUCUUGGUGUUUAUGUAGGCUACAAUGAACAAGCAUGCAUUUGAACUUAUUCAAGGAAAUUAGACAAGAAAUCUUGCUGGUUAAUGUUUAAUUGAUUUAUGGAAAAUCCUUAAUCUCCUUGGCUUGUUGUAAAAUGUGAAAUAAUGCUCAAGAGAACAGGGAGGUUAAUGCAAAAGGGUGGAUUUUCUUUUUGAUCAUUUUGUAAAUGUUGUAUUACAUUAUGCAAAGAUGAUCUUUUCAAUUUGUUUAA